GGAUAACGUCCGUGCCACCUCCAUACCCUGGUUCUACCCAGCCCAUUGACCAUCUCCACCCGGACAACCAUUUACCCCGGAGUCACUCCCUCGCAAUGGCAACCUUCGACCCCUUCCUCCUCACCCCGCUAGACCACUACCUCGUGGUCGGCGGCAUCGGCGCCUACGGAUGCAACUACUUCACCUUCCAGACACCCGACGCCGACGCCGCCCUGGAGGCCCUCCAGACCGGCGCUGCGCGACUCAUCCGCGAACUGCCCUUCCUCGGCGGCGAGGUGGCGCCUCGCGAGAACGACCCGCGCCACCAGCUCGAGGUGCGGCCGUCGGGGCCGGAUCGAUUCGAAUCGCACCCCAUGGUGACCGCGCGGCGCAUCGAUGCGCCUCUCCCCGCUGUAUCGGAGAUCGGACACGCCAUCGAUGCCGAUGGCGACGGCGUCUUCCGCCCUUUACCUAGCAAGGGCCCGGAGGAGUUCAAGCCCGUGCUGCGUCUCCAGGCAAACAUGUACCACGGCGGCAUCAUCCUGUGCUUCUGCUGGAACCACCUCCUGAUCGACGGCAGCGCAGUGAGUAACAUCAUGCAGGCGUUUGCGCGGUGCUGUCGCGAAGGCGACGCCGUGUCGCUCGUCGAGGACCGUCGACAGAACGAGCUCGCGCGCGACCUCAUCUUCGAUAUCAUCAACCGCCCCGUUCCCGAGGGAUACCAGCCCCUCAAGGACAUCGAGAUGCACGAGCUGGCGCCGUUCUCGACAGAGGAUAUUUGCCGCGAGACGCUCCUCCUGUCGCCGGAUAGAGUGGAGGAGUUGAAAUCCGCCUGUAACAACCACCUCGCCUCCUCCUCUUCCUCCGGCGAGCAGGGCUCAUACUGCGCCACCAACGACAUCGUCAUGGCCCUGCUGUGGAUCGCCACGGCGCGCGCCUCCCUCCCGCAGGAUAAGCGCUGCUACUCGAUGAACUUCUGCGUGAGCAUGGGGAAGCGGGCCCAGCCGGCCAUCCCGGCCUCGUACAUGGGGUCGACGCUGUUCCUGACCGGCGUGGAAAUCAGUCGCGACGAACUCGCCGACGCGCUGGCCGCCAUCGAUGCCUCGUCCACUUCCACCGACACCCUCCCCACAGCAUACAUCCCCCUCCUAUCGACCCUGGCGGCGCGGAUCCGCGCAAAGAUCGUAGCCUCUGAUGACGCGCAUCUGACGAAGACCGUGCACGAGCUGCACAAGAUCCCCGAGUGGGACGCGAAGCCCGGCAAGCUGGGCGAUAUCCUGUUCAGCAAUCUGUCGUUUAAUACGUGCUUUCAGCAUGAUUUUGGGGCGCAGCUGGGUCGCAUUGUGGAGUUCGAGCCGCGCACGGUGUAUCCGAGUAUUGGGUUUUUGAAGCCGCGCAGGCUGGUGGCGGGGGGGUUGGCGCCGUGGGAGAUGACGGUGAUGUUUGAGAGGGAGAGGAUGGAGGUGGUGAAGAAGGAUGGGUUGUUGGGGUGGGUGAGGGGGGAUUACCUUUGA